GGCGAGCACUGGCAGAGCGCUGCAACGUUGUCCGCCUGCCUGGGACGGACCGUGGGAUCGUCAGGCGCUGGUGGUGUGACGCUUCUUCCCCUUUCAUCAACCCUGCCCAGCACCCAGCUCGGCCUCCUUGGAACCUUUCUAGGGGGGCUGUUUGUCGGGUGUCGCAUCCCCGGGUGGUGCUGCUGUCGUCUGCCGAGAGCUUGCUCACUCCGACCCCAGCUGGGCAGUGCAAGCCCCGACUUUUCUUUUGCUGUAUCCAGGUCCAAACUCUGGCCGCGGCACAGCCCGCCCAGCAAGACGGUCCUGCGUCCACUCUGGCAUCCAUACCAGCGGACCUGUUCCUUUUGGGGAGAAAAAAAAAAAGGGCUGAAGAAGAAAUCCACUUUCCACCCUCUUGCUCUUGGCCAGUUGGCCGUUCCCGUCCCCGAGCAAGCAAGCACUCGCAUACCAAACCAAGGGAAAGUCCGGCCCUUGCAAGGCCAGCCUUGACGCCUCCCCCUCGGUCAUCGCCUCCCUCAUCGCAGCCAUCCUUCUCACGGGGGCCAUUCCUCUAAGAUUGCCAGAACACCUAGCUAUUUUCGGAUCUCCCCCCUCUCUUGCUCCCUCCGUUUCCCCUGGGAUCCUCGGCCAACGCCUCCUCCGAACAGCGGCAGCCCGACGCCGCAGGCCCAACCCACCGUUUCGGCUGACCCGUUUGCCGGCUCCCGCCAUCCAGCUCCUCUUCCACACACUCCUCCCAUGGCCUCGUCGCCCGCCGCAUCGACAGGUCUGGUGCUUACACGGAGUCGACGGCCCAGGGCGCAGGGUGACGCACCUCUUGCCGCGCCGCCCUCCUUCUAACACUUGCCCAAGGCCGCCGUCUGCAGAAAGAGUGGCUCCUGGUUCUUAAAACGCUUGACAUCCACACCCUUGCCCAUCUUGGUCUGUGUUGCCCAAACUCGGAACCCCAGAUCCGGACUUGUGCGUCUUGUGUUGCACUGUCUUUCUGCUGCCGAUCCUUUCCGAACCACUCGAGCCCGACGACAGGGCGCCGCGAGCCCUCCACCAGCUAGGGCAUCUAUCCGCCUCAACACCCCACCAACUAGGCGGCUGAUCACCAUCGCCUGCGUACACGGACCGCGCAAGCUAGAUUCCUGGCUGCUAGUAUCGCGCUAUCCAGCACUCGAGCCACACGAAGCGCCUACCGCCGGUUUUAGCAUCGCUACCCCCCUCUCGCGCGCGGCUGAGGCUUGCUGGUGCUGUUGGACCUGUCCUAGCCCACCGCCGACUAUCGACGGCUGACUUGAACACCUGAAUAUCUGGUCCUGUCCCUCUUCGGUUACUCCUGAACAUCUGGCCUACCGCUCGAAGCUCCGCUCACUCCUGGUUUGGCGGAGAAGCUUUCGCGGACACUUGAGCUCCGCAACGUUUGCGCAAACAUCUUGCGGAGGUCGCCUUGUUUCGGGAACGGUUGAGCAUGGCUAUCGGCGAGAUGUCGUCUACGUCGAACAGCCCCAUUCCUCGAUCGAAUCCCGGGAACACUCGGACCGCACUCCCAAGCCGACCGCCGAUGCCCUCGAAAACCCUCUCUACCGCAACUUCUCACCACGACAGGCGCUCGCCGCCCCUCGGAGACGGCGACGUCAGGGACGGGGACAAGGGCGCGUCUCCCUCGUCCCAGAGGGGGCCGUCCAGCAUGGGUCAGCCACCCAGCCCGGCGUCUCUCAUGAAUGAUGCGGGAUCCGAUGCGGGGGCGGAGAGUGUGCAGGCAAUGAGCGCACAAGGGCCACAGGGCCAGUCAGGCCAGGUUUGCAGCAACUGCGGGACGACCCAGACCCCACUAUGGAGGAGAUCACCACAGGGUGCGACUAUCUGCAAUGCCUGUGGGCUGUAUCUGAAGGCGCGGAAUGCUGCGAGGCCAACGAACCUGAAGAGGCCGCCAAACUUCGUGCCCGCCGGCGCCCAGAGGGUUGCUGACCGAGCCUCGCCUAAAGCUGCUUCUCAGCCGCUCCCAAGCGUAACUGGUGCUACCUACGUCACAGCCGAGCAGACCCCUGCUGGCAGCUGUCCAGGGGGCGGCCGCUGUAAUGGUACCGGUGGUGCAGAAGGCUGCAGCGGCUGUCCUGCAUACAACAACAGGAUAGCAAAAAGCGCCAACCUGAACGUGUCUGGAUCGUCGGCAAGGUGCGGGAGCCAGGCUGGAGCGGAGGAGCCCAAUGCCGUCGACAUUGGCGCCUUGAAUAUCCAGGGCCAGAGCACCACCGUCGUCAUCGCAUGCCAGAACUGUGGGACAACCAUCACCCCUUUGUGGAGGAGAGAUGAGAGCGGCCACACUAUUUGCAACGCAUGUGGAUUAUACUAUAAGCUUCACGGGGUCCACAGACCCGUCACGAUGAAGAAGUCUGUGAUCAAGCGGAGGAAACGAGUUUUGCCGGCGUCGCAGCAGGGCUCACCGGCUCCCGGCGAUGGUGGUAGCCCCAGCGCCGAAGGAGGGGCCUCGCCAUCUCCUCAGCCCGACGCGCUGAUGGAGCGCGGCUCCGUUAACUCUGAUGGCUCCGUCAACCUAGGUCUUCGCCGUCAGCCGGAGCAAGCCAUGUCACUUGUUCCCGAAACGGUCCUUCGUCAAGGCAGACAGUCGUCCCCGUUGCCCAAGGGCGACCUAACCCAAUACCACACACGGCCGCACAGCGCCCAACCGCCGCAGCCAGUGUCCGAGUCUCUCACAGACGACAACCGUCUCGCUCCGCUCACUUCCAUACCCGCAACUCCCAACGACGACCGACAGUCUUCGCUCUCCCCUGCGUCGUUCCUUUCACCCUCGCGCCGCAAGCGCUCCUUCUCGGCGGCGUCGGGCGAUGGGCCUUCGCCGUCCAGCGGCGGAGGCGACGUGACCCCCUAUCAAGAGGGCGGGAGUGUGUCAAAACGGCUUUCAUCGAUAAAAUCGCUGCUGAAUGGGCCGCUGGCCACCGGGGACGAACUGCCGCCGAUGGACAAGUCGCGCCGCAUGAUUCCUUCGCCGGCGUCAGCCGCGCCGGCUCCCAGCGGCGGCGGUCCCUUUCUCCCGGCCUCGUUGCGUAACGGCGGGAGGAGCGGUAGCGGCAACGCCGUCGGCUUCGACGAGGAUCGCCUUAAGGCUGACCGACGAGCGGAGCUCCUGCGCGAGGCUGAGACCAUGCGGCAGGUGCUUGCUGCCAAAGAACGCGAGCUUGCGGAGCUGCAAUAACAUCCGGCUUUUUUUUUCUCUUUUCCUUUUCUUCCGUCUCGGAUACCGUCACGUUUUUGUUUUUGGGGAAUCAGGACGAUGACAACGAAGCUACGAAAAACGCAAAAUCAAAUACGAAAAAAGGGCACACGACGUGCCAAGAAACCGUAGAGUUGAAGCCGUCCCAGAUAAAUCUUCUGUCGAUACACGGACCGCUCGUCAGAGCAUGGGGUUUACCAUGUUGGAUCGUUUGGUUAAGGGAUGGGAGCCACUACUUAUUUCAUGCCUGAUUUUUUUGGGCGCCCUGGUACCGUUACCAUCCAGAGAGCCCACAUACAAAAGCCGAACCAAUACAUACCUUUAUAUGUCUUGACGCAGAUUGCAGUGACUGCUCGUGUGUUUUCCCCCAGAGCCCCUGAGUCAGGGUUGGUCUCAAUUCGGGAUCCACGACAGCCAUUCCAGCGACGGGCCACACAGGGCAAAGUAAGGCGCGGAGAAAAACAUGCUCGUGCUUCGAAGACAAAUGAUGAAAUCGCCAGCAUCACACAAUACAGCUUUACCUAUAUAAAAACCGCC